AUGGCCAGCCCGGACGAGGCGCUGGAGCAGCUGGCGCAGCUGAGGGCGGAGGACGUGCUGGCAGCGCUGCCGCCGGAGGCCAGGGUGAAGAAGCUCCCGGAGGUCAAGGAGCGCAUCCUGAAGCAGCUGAGGGCGGAGUCCGGUGCCGCAGGGGGUCCGACGGCCCCAGAGCGCGCCGCGGCACCCGCCGCCGCAGCAGCGCCUGCGCCGGCACCCCCGCCGACGCGGCAGCCCGCGCCUAGUCUGCGGCCACCCCCGCCGCCCCUGCUGCCCCUCCAGACCGAGACGCAGGGCCUGGCCCGAGUGGGCUCCGCAGAGGCCUGCGGAGACGAGCCGUGGUUCGCGGACGGUGCAGCUCUGCAGAGCUUGAGGGACGCCACGAGAAUGGCCCACGCAGAGCAGAAGAUACUGGUCGGGGACCCCGCCAGGGAGAUCCGCCGCAUUUGCCCGUCCUUCGACCAUAAACUUGGCGCGGGAGCGGUGCUCCGGCUGGGAGGCUCCCACCACGGCGGCUACGGGGAGCCCGACGUGAAGUACGCGUACCGGCAGCUGUCCCGCGCCCUGCAUCCGGACAAGAAUCCGGGCGUGGCCGAGGCGCCCGACGCGUUCAGGCGCCUCUCUGAGGCGGUGGAGGAGCUGAACGCGCUGCUGGACGAGACGCGGAAGGCAGUGCAGAGGAUCUGUCUGGUGCUGGGCUCUGCGGUCGCGCCCGAGGCCCUGGAGCGCCCUCAGGCCGCGCUCAUCGCCGAGGCCUCCAGGCUGCUCUACGGCGUGCUCGGCCUGAGCGGCGAGGGGGUGCCGCUGGACUCCCAGCGAGGCCUUCGGCGGCGCGCCGUGGCGGCGUUCACGUCCUCCCCCGUCUGGUCGGGGUGCGCCCGGGACACGCUGCUCUCCAAGUGGUUCGAGGAGGACUGGCUCCUGGACCUGUUCGCCCAGGCGGCCAUGCGGAACGCCUACGACUGCAUGCCGAAGCGCGUCCGGGCGCAAUUCCUGAGCCUCCUCUACCGCGCGGCCGCCGUGGAGGCCGUCAAGCAGGACGGCUGCGUGCGGGGCGGCUGGCCGCCGGUCAUGGCGCAGUUCCCCGAGGUCAGCCUCUGGGGGGACUUCAUGGGCCGGCUGCUCUGUCGCGUGGGCAAGCCGGUCCAGGACGACCUGGACGGUGGUGCGCCCGACCCCGACGACGAUUUGUCCACCUGGGCCAUAAAGUGGCGCGGUUUUAUCGCCAGCGUCUUGCCUUCUGGCAAACACGGCGCCGCCGCUGCCACCGACGCGGAGCUGAGGGCCCUGGCCGCGGAGCUGUGGGGGGACGUGGUGCAGUGGAUGCGCAGCGAGCACAAAGACUCGGCUCAGCACCUCGAGCUCUUCUCCGCCGAGGCGGGGUCCAGCGCGCAGUGGGCCUUCAUACCCGCCAUGGACCUGCUGCUCACGGUGGGCGACGGGAUGCUCACCGUCACUGCCGAGGGCGCGUCCACGGACGCGCCGACGGACCACCAGCGCCGCAGCUUCGCGAGCGCGCUCCGAGAGGCCCACCGCGGCGGCAGGAAGCGCGGGCUCCAGAUCCUGGAGGGCGAGGCGAAAGAGCGGGAGGUGAAGAAGACCAAGCUCAGCCGGGGGCCGACGCGGGUCGUGAUGCUCACGAACAUGGUGGGGCCUGGGGAGGUGGACGAGGAUCUCGAGGGGGAGACCGCCGAGGAGUGCGCGAAGUACGGCAAACUCGUCAAGUGUACCGUCAGGGAGGCGCCCGGGGCUCCCGACCACGAGGCCGUCCGGAUUUUCCUGGAGUUUGCCAAGGUGCAGUCCGCGUCCAAGGCGUAUUCCGACCUGAACGGGCGGUUCUUCGGCGGGCGCUCAGUCAAGGCCCGCUUCUACGACGAGGAGAGGUACGCGAGGGGCGACUUCGAGAGAAGGGGCCCGACGCGUACGCUGCUGCUGAGCAACCUGGUCGGCAGGGAAGACGUGGACGAGGACCUGCAGUGGGAGACGGCCGAGGCGGCCGCGAGGUACGGGCGCGUACUGCGGUGCACUGUCCAGGUCGUCUCCGAUGCGGCCCAGGAGGCCGAGGCGGUCCAGGCGUUCGUCGAGUUCGAGGCCACCUCCGACGCGGCCAGGGCGCUGGCCGAGCUGGGCGGGCGGACGGUCGGGGGGCGCGGCGAGCUCCGGGCGCGCUACGUGGAGGACGGCACCACCUCCGUGGAGGUGGAGCGGGCCCAGCCCGAGCCGCCGCGCGCCGCCGCGGAGCCGGGCCCGGAGGAGGCGGGGGCGGGCGGCGCUGCCGCGGCCACGGCGGCAGCGGCCUCCGCCGCCGUGGCGGCCGCGGCCUCGCCAGGGGCCCCGCCCGCCCGAGAGUCCGCCGCCGCCGCGGGCGGCGACGACGCCAGCCUCUGGGAGCUGUAG